AUGCCUCUUGUUGAAGAACUAAAGACCGGUGGGGUUAGGAUUGCAGUUGAAGGAUGUGGUCAUGGCACGCUCCAUGCAAUAUAUGCUUCCGUUGAGGAAGCUUGCAGAGUCAAAGGCUGGGAAGGAGUCGACUUGCUCAUCAUUGGCGGGGACUUUCAAGCCGUGAGAAACCAACAUGAUCUCAAUGUUACCUCCAUGCCCCAGAAGUAUCGCCGUAUGGCCGACUUCCAUGAGUACUAUAGCGGCGCGAGAGUUGCUCCCUGUCUAACCAUCUUCAUCGGCGGCAAUCAUGAGGCAAGUAACCACCUCUUCGAGUUGUACUAUGGUGGUUGGGUUGCCCCCGAAAUCUACUAUCUAGGUGCCGCCAAUGUCCUUCGCUUUGGUCCUCUUCGUAUCGCCGGUCUGACAGGGAUCUGGAAGCCUUAUGAUUAUCCCAAGCCUCAUUUCGAGAGACUGCCAUACAACCAAGAAGAGGUUGGUAGCAUUUACCACGUCCGAGAGUUGGAUGCCAGAAAGCUGUUGUCUCUCCGCUCCCAGGUCGAUAUCGGUCUUUCACAUGAUUGGCCGCAGGGUAUCGAGAUGUUUGGAGAUCACCAUUGGCUAUUCAAGGCGAAGAGCGGUUUCUAUGCUGAUUCAAAAUCAGGAAAGUUGGGGAGUGUUGCAGCAAAGCAAUGCCUGGAGCGUCUCCGUCCCCCGUAUUGGUUCUCCGCCCACUUACACACCAAAUUUGCUGCCAUUGUGCAUCAUGGUGAAACUGAGGGCAAGGUUGAUGCAGGGGCACAUAGUGCACAAAAGAUCGCCACUCAGUCUGGCGGGAGCAACAACCACCCAAUCAACAAACGACAGAGUUCAUCUAGUCCAAAUAUUGCACCUGCCAAUGGGGAUCAGCAACGCGUCUCAGCUUGGCAGCAAUUUCAUAUCCAAGCAAAGAAAACGGACUCUGAAGAAAAAGAUCAGAUCAUGCGUGAGAAGACUGAGCAACGUGAAGAGGAGAUGCGAACUGGAAUUCGACACACUCCCAGAUACACCUUCGAUGAGACUUUCCAUAAAGUCAGUGCCGGUGAUGCGCUAGAAAGAAAGGUCGUUUCUACCACUACCCAACAAGUUAGCAAUUGCACAACUUCAGAUAGCCCAGAAUCUGUCCCAAAUCUUGAUGGCUGUGGUUUCUCACGACCAAACAAGCGACAACGAUUCGGAAGUCCCAAUACUCAAGAUGGCGAAAAUGUUGCAACAAGGUCUGCUCCUCAGAACAGCCAAGUCGACGGUGCUGGUGCUAAUGUCACUAGCACAACAGCCGGAGUUACUGCAGAUGCCAUUGCCAAUCCAGAUGCCAUUGACAUCGACAUGAGUGAGGAAGAAGAUCAAGAAGUAGAAGACGACGACGACGACGAUACCAAGGCCAAAGAAAAUGGCAAAGACACGGCGCCAUCAGCGCGUCCUAUCUCAGCCACUCAACCUCUGCCCGUAAACGUCUCGCGCACACAAGCAAAUCUUCGAGAUGUCUGUCUCAGCAUAUCAGAAGAGAGCGAGGAUGGAGGCGUAAAGCUGAAUCCCCAAGCACCUAAUUUCACUCCUUCUUUGCCGCCUACGCUUAGCUUGGCCUUGAAUGGUCCAACAAGCAAGGAGUCAUUAGCAUCAUCCGGACGAUCAUCGGAUUCUGACUUCAACCACGAAGCCACGUCUUUCCAACCCAAGACGUCCACCGCCUCCCUCAAUACAUUCAACACAGCACCAAAGUCCCCAGUCGAACCACCAACAAAGGCAAAAGGGACUCAAAAUGAAGACAAUGAGGUUUCAGAAGAGAUGCGCGCACAACUCGCCGCCCUGUCAAGUAAUUUCACACAAGGCAAAGAAGUCAAGCCGUCAGCAGCUCUCCCCUUCCCGGCCGAAAUCACCAACAAAACCACCAACUUCCUUGCCCUGGGAAAAUGUGAACCGUACCAAGAAUUCCUCCAACUCCUGGAGAUCAACUCAAUCACCAGCCCAGAAGAGCCCAUUCGCCGCCCCAUCAAGUUGUCCUACGACCCGGAAUGGCUCGCUAUCCAACGUGUAUUCGCGCCCGAGCUCACCCUGGGUGGUCACGCUUACGACAAGAUCCCCACCCACCGCGGCGAGACAUACUACCGCGAACUCAUUCUCAAGGAACAAGAAUGGAUUACCGAGCAUGUCGUCAAAGCAGGCCGUCUCGAGAUCCCAGAGAACUUCAGCAUCACUGCGCCUGUGUACGAUCCUCAACUAAAUGUCGGUCCGCACGAGAUGCCCCGCGAGGUGACCAACCCACAGACGACUGCGUUCUGCGAUUUGAUUGGAAUCCAGAAUAAGUUCGACAUUACCGAAGAGGAGAGAGACGCCAGGAUGAUGCGAGGUCCAAAGCCGGAGAGUGCAGGCUGGAUCGCCAGUCGUGAGAGACGUGGUGGUCACGGUGGCCAUCACGGUCGUGGCGGCGCUCGAGGAGGCGGCGCCGGAGGGUCCAGUCAUCGAGGCGGUGGUGGCCGAGGCGGAGCUCGUGGUGGCCGUGGAGGCAGAGGUGGCGGUCGCGGCUGGUAG